UGCAUGGGUUGGGCGUGGCGCGAUAAGCAUCAUAGAAAAGGCCGAGUCGGCGACUCAGUUGAUAAUAAUCAACAGGCUUUAUCUUCUUCGUCGAUUCAGUCUUGUUUUUCCUUCCUACCACACAUGGGCUAUCAAAUUCUCAGGGCAUCUCCAUUCUCUUCCUCCGCUUCUCCGAUUUUCACUUUACCCACUCCACUUUCCCGGGUAUUAGCCAAAUCGGCGGCGCCGGUUUCCAAUCGCCUCUACCAAACUCAGAUCGCACACUCUUCCUUAAACAGAAGAAGGGUUUCCCCUUUUGGGUCUGAAGGGUUUUUGAAUAGAAGCUUCAGACAGAGUGCAAUUGUGGCCAUGGCAGCUUCCGGUUCGGUUCAGAAAUCGGAGGAGGAAUGGCGUGCGAUUCUCUCCCCUGAGCAGUUUCGUAUUCUGAGGCAAAAGGGAACAGAGUAUCCUGGAACAGGAGAAUAUGAUAAGUUGUAUAAAGAGGGAACUUAUGAUUGUGCAGGAUGUGGAACUCCUUUAUAUAAGUCCACAACUAAAUUUAACUCCGGUUGUGGCUGGCCGGCUUUUUAUGAAGGUCUUCCCGGAGCUAUUGCUCGACAUCCGGACCCAGAUGGAAGUAGGAUUGAGAUAACAUGUGCAGCCUGCGGUGGUCAUCUCGGCCAUGUAUUUAAAGGAGAAGGUUUUCCUACGCCAACUAAUGAACGCCAUUGCGUUAAUAGUAUUUCCCUCAGUUUCAUUCCUGCAGAUUCUUAGUUUCCUUUUUCUUUUAGUGUCUGUUUUUAAGAUUAUGUUGAUUGAUACUAUUGAUCUGUGUUUAUCUUGUUUGGUGAACAUGUUUGAAUUAUAUUGGUUUUGGUUUGACAUAUAGAAUGUUAACUUUGAAGAA